AGAAGAUGCGGGGUGGUGACCAUAUAUUUGAACACCAACACCGUAAUGAACCUUCCUUUGAAUUGAAUAGCUUAGCAAUACGGUCGGGGCACCCAAACAUGCUCAAGUUCUCAGCCGUCACAGGAGCCAAUUCUCGCUUCGCAAGCGACAACUCCCAAAACACAGGCCUAGUCUGUGUCUUCGCUGGAGCAACAGGCGGCAUCGGCGCAGGCACAAUCGAGAGACUCGUCGUCAUGUUACAAUCCGCAACUUUCUACGUCCUAGGAAGAUCAGCUUCCCGUUUCGCAGCCCAGCGUUCUAAGCUCGAGAGCCUCAAUCCGAGUCUCAAGAUCGUGUUUCUUGAAGCCGAGCUCUCGCUCAUCGCUGAUAUUGACGCUGUGUCGAAGAAAAUUCUGGAUGCUGAGAAGAGGGUGGAUAUCUUGUACAUGAGCCAAGCUUGCUUUCCUAUCAAUGUACCUCAAUACACGAAAGAGGGCAUGGGCAUCGAUCUUUGCUUUGCCUUGCAAUUCUACUCCCGUCUACGACUAACAUCCAACCUCCUCCCACUCCUUCGCAACUCCCAGCGACCACGAGUCUUGACCGUGCUCAGCGGCGGCAAAGAAGCGAAAAUGCUCGAUGAAGACAUCGGUCUCCAGAACCCUCAAAACUACGGCCUAGCUCCAGCUAUUUCUCAUUGUGCCACUCUGACAACGCUGUCCUUGGAGUACCUAGCCGAGAAUGACAAGCAGAUCACUUUCAUGCACAAUUACCCCGGUCUCGUGUCCACGGAUCUCUUUGCACGCCUAUCGGCUCCAGAAUCUUUUGGAAUCUUAGGAAAGGGACUCUUUGCGGUCUUUCGAUUCGUUGCCGCUACGUUACUAAAGCUUUUCGGACAAUCACCGCUGGAUUCUGGUGCGAGGCAGGUGUUCGUACUAACUAGUGACAAAUAGCCCAGGUGAGGUGUGGCGCAUUAAUGAAAACAGUGAACCUGUCACGAGUUCUGCGGUGCUGGGGAGGUAUAGGGAAGAGGGGUGGCGUGAGAAGGUUUGGGAUCAUGCGACGGGGAUUUUUGAGAAAGCUCUGAGCGGAAGCAGAUGAGAUGCAAGUGUCGUCUCUUAAUUUUGGAUACCUCUUUUCUAUGGCUGCGAAGCUGAUGUUGAUAUUUGCGGAGAGUUGAGCAAAUUUGUGAUACUAGUAACUUGUGCCUUUGGUUUGGUAAAGGGGUCCUGUAAUGAGAAGUUUAAGUCAAAUUUACUGCAAAGUACCGAGAUUAGCUUGCACACUGAGCCAAGAACCAACUCGAAG